GACGUGGGGCAGUUCGCUGACAGGGCCAUCGAUUUCUAUUGGAUGGACGCGCGUUUGGCUUCCAUCUUCGAGGACGUGCACUCCAACGAGAACAUGCCCUACAGGCCUCGCAGGCCCACCUGGAUAAGGGUCGCCCUGCCCUGGCACGCCUACGUCGCGCAGGUCAUUGAGCGGCCGCGCCCCGAGUUCGACCUCGACCACGGCGCGGCGGAGGGCCUGGAUUGCAGUUGGCAGGGUUUCUGCAAGGCUGCGGAAGCUGAGCUGCGCGCGCUGUUCGGAUGGGCCCAUGCUGAGGCGCGGGGGCGCGGAGGUCGGCGCGCGACUCCUGAAGUGGUCAAGCGACAACUGCCCCCGAAGCAGCCGAGCCCCAUUGCGGACCCAGGGCCGGCUAGGGCUUGGAGAUGGGCCGCGCGCGAGCUGGCAUGGAUUAACCAGCUAGUCUGCGGUCUCCUGCGGGGCGAGCCCAAGCCCAGGGAUGGAUCCCUGCGGGGCGUGCCGGAACAGCCCUCUCCGGAACGUCUGGAUAUCCACAGCGACGCGGGGGGCCGACCCACCACUUCAGGAGGCGCGCCUCUGCGGGGCUACAUCGUGGAGGUCUCGCAGCAGCUGCGGCGCGCCUGGCGCAGGCUUCUGCUGGCGCGGCACCACCGGGGGCAGAUGGAUCCCUGGGGCGCGCUCCUGUUUGCUGCGCUGCAGGCCCUCGCCGCGGGCGACCGCGCGGCCCCCAUUGCCGAGGCCAUCUUCCGCAUCCAGCGAUUCGCCGAGGGCCGCGCGCAGGCCUGGGAGCAGCAUGUCACGCGCCAGCGGUCGGCCAAGUUGCACGAGCGCCUCGGCGACAAGUUUCCAGGUUCGGGCGGGUACCUCCACGAGAUCUGCCAUUGGAAGUACGCUUGGAAAGAGCCCAUCUUCGGUCCGCAAG